CUAGCCGAUUCUGAAAAUUUUCCACAUAAGAAGAAGAAACACAGACCCAACUCACACACUCCACACGCCACAACCUCCACACUCUCCUCCUCCAAUGGCUCCCGCCGCAAUCAAGAAGAAAGCUACAAAACAGCAACGCAAAUCUCCGAUGAAGCCCAAAAAACCCAAGCACUUCACUCCCAAGGAAGAUUCUCCCGCCGAAUCCGAAGAAGAAGCUCCACAGCUACUCGAACUCGGAAGCGACGACGGCGGCGGCGACGACUCCGCUUCUGAUUUCUCCGACGGGGAUGAUCCUUUGGUUGACGAUUUCCUCCAAGGAAGUGAUGAUAAUGAAGGGAAAGCCUCGGCCUCGGCUUCGGGUUCGGAAUCUGAUUCUGAUUCUGAUUCGGAUAUUGAGGGGAGGUCGGGAAGGAUUGAUAAAGAAAGGAAGAGAGUAGAAGAGGAUGCGAUAGCUGAAUUGCAGCUCAAUAUCAAAGAUGAGUCUGACGAGUUCAGAUUACCAACCAAGCAGGAACUUGAGGAGGAGACUCAACGCCCACCUGAUCUUCCCAACCUUCAGAGGAGAAUUAAAGAGAUUGUUCGCGUUCUUUCAAAUUUUAAGGCCUUGAGGCAAGAGGAUGCGACAAGGAAGGAUUACAUUGAGCAGCUCAAGACUGAUAUAUGUUCGUACUAUGGCUACAAUGAGUUUCUAAUUGGCGCUCUAGUUGAGAUAUUUCCAGUUGUUGAACUUAUGGAGCUGAUUGAAGCCUUUGAAAAGCCUCGCCCUACAUGUCUGAGGACUAACACUUUAAAGACACGUAGACGGGAUUUAGCAGAUGUUUUGAUAAACAGAGGAGUAAAUCUGGAUCCUCUAAGCAAAUGGUCAAAAGUUGGACUUGUUGUGUAUGAUUCUCAAGUACCAAUUGGUGCCACUCCAGAGUAUAUGGCUGGUUUCUACAUGCUUCAAAGUGCAAGUUCAUUUCUUCCUGUGAUGGCCUUGAAUCCUCAAGAGAAGGAACGUGUUGUUGAUAUGGCGGCUGCGCCUGGUGGUAAAACAACAUAUAUUGCCGCUCUGAUGAAGAACACUGGUAUAAUUUUUGCAAAUGAGAUGAAGGUACCACGGCUCAAGUCACUGACUGCAAAUUUGCAUCGUAUGGGUGUAUCAAACACUGUAGUAUGUAACUAUGAUGGAAAGGAGCUUCCGAAGGUUUUGGGUCUCAAUACCGUUGAUAGGGUAUUAUUGGAUGCUCCUUGCAGUGGAACUGGGGUUAUAUCCAAAGAUGAGUCCGUUAAAACCUCUAAACAUUUGGAAGAUAUACAGAAAUGUGCCCAACUACAGAAGGAGCUCAUUCUUGCUGCAAUUGACAUGGUGGAUGCUAAUUCAAAAUCUGGGGGGUACCUUGUAUAUUCCACAUGCUCAAUUAUGGUUGCUGAGAAUGAAGCAGUUAUUGAUUAUGCCCUUAAAAGGAGGGAUGUUAAGCUGGUUGCUUGUGGACUUGACUUUGGACGUCCAGGGUUUACAAAGUUUAGGGGGCAACGCUUUCAUCCGUCCUUAGAUAAGACGAGACGUUUCUAUCCUCAUGUACACAAUAUGGAUGGUUUUUUUGUUGCGAAGUUGAAAAAAUUGAGCAACUCAAAGCAAGGUGCAAAACCAUCAGAAACAUCUGAAAAUGUCGAAAUAGAUACAGAGGUUGUGGAGGAAGAGGACAAACCAAGUAAUGGCGUAAAAGAAAAUGGCAAACAAACUUCUGAAUCUGAAUUGAAAACGAAGGAAAAAAGGAAAUUCCCAUCAAAACCAAGUAAUGGUAUUAAAGCAAAUGGCAAAGUGUCUUCCGAACCAGAAUCCAAAAGAAGGAAGAAAAGGCUAUUUCCAUCUAAAGAGGAGAUUUCAAAUGCCAGGGAGCAGAAGAGGAGUGCUUUAAGAGAAAACAAGGAAAAGGGUGGUAAGCAACAGAGGUCAAAAAGGCAGUGAUAAUGCAUGGAGCAGUGAUAACCAACUGCAGUUUUAGAACUGAUUCUCACCCCAACAACAUGGGAGUGUCUAGGGUGAUUUCUUGUCAUAUUAGUGUACCCUGUAACCAAUGGCAUGCCCUAAUUGUGGGGCCCAGUUUUGUUUUAUUUCUUAAGUUAUUUAGCUAUGUUUUAAGCAAAGCUGUAAAUCAGAUAUCCCCCCUCUUUUGGUAUUUGAAAUUAAUUUUUAAUUAUUGUCCUGAUGAUGCUUAUUGCCCUGCGUAUUUGUUACCUAUGGAAGAAUUAUAGUUGCUUCAAAUGAUAUUAUAGUAUUGAUAAAUGAUUUCAAAGGUGAUUGUUAA